GCACAGGUGCGCAAGUUCUACGCGCGCUGCCACGCGGAGACGGUGGCCGCGGCCACCGCUGCGGCGGCGCACCCUGGAGUCCAGGAAAUCACUGCCACAGAUCCGGCAGCGGAGGAAUACUGCAACCUGGCGCCCCCAUACCGGAAGAAACGGCUGGAGGGUUUGACAGCCGCACGCAGGUGCGAGGUCGACGACAGCAGGCUGCCGUCAGACCGGCUGUGGGGCCGUUACGAGAGGCCCAGGCGCGUCAGCAAGGAAUUUGCGACGCUCCCGCCGACGAAGAUCCAGUCGGAGCUCGCGGCGUCGCGCAAGCCCGGCCACGCCCAGCUCCAGCCCGGGGCGGGGGGCGUCCUCGCGUGGAGGAUGCCGGCGAUAGAGGACCCCGCAGCCAAUUCCUUGGUGGCGUUCGAGGAGGUGAUGUUCAUCGUGGAGAACCUCCUCUACUUGACCGGCUGGGUGUCCCAGCUCCAGCCGCUGGAGACGUUCCAAGCCAGGUUCUGGGCGCGGGCACGCAAGAGCUGGACGCCUGCGCCAGGGUGCCGGCCCCUGAGCCUCAGCGAGCUCCAGCACGCCUUCGAGCUGUUCCAGCGGCAGUGGGCGCGUGCCAGCCGAGCGAAGGAGGCCGGCCAUAUCGACGACGCCGUGACCGCCAGCCUCCCAGCAGACACAGACGAGCUGGACAGGUGCCUGGCGCUGGCGCCGAGGCUCCAGACGGCUCAGCAGGACCUCGCGACCGAACCGCGCGGGUACUGGGGCAACGGGGGCGGAAACCGCCAGCCCCAGGACGUGCGGGCGGAGCAGCCGAAAGGCGAAAGCAAGGGCAAGGCGGACCGCGGCACCAAGAGGAAGGCGCCGGCCGCGGGUGCACCGGCCAACAAGGCCCCGAAGCGCGACCAGCCGUGCAAGUUCAUGGCGACGACGGGCACCUGCCGCUUCGGGGACCUGGGUGCCGAGAUUCAGGCGGCCGCGCCCACGUGGCGGCGCGUGGACAGCGACGGCAGCAGCGGGCAUGCAGGGGCAAGCCCGUCCGACGGCGCGCCUCGCGGCGAGCCGGUAGAGUGCGCCGCGUCCUUGCUGGAUCUAGAUGCGAACGAGCGCGCUAACGCGCUCGCCCUGGAAGAGGAACAGGCAUGCCAGCUUAGCGACCACCGUUAUUGGGAUUUAGCGGCCGGGCUACUGCCGGACACGCUGCAGUUCGCCGCCGCGCCGCAAGCCGCGAAGCCGUCCCCCGCGGCGCUAGAUAGAGCCUUACGGCGCGCAGUCGAGAGGCGCGCGGACACGCUGCAGGAGACGCUGCAACGUCCGCGCCGGGAGCCUGGCACGGACGAGGUGCUGCGACAGACAAUGGCAGACGUGAGUGCUGGGAAGAUGCGUGGCCCGUGGCGUGUGUGCAUAGACGAUGGCGGCAGUCUCCGCUCGGAGGUGCCGUUCGCAGAGUGGCUGCCAACCGCCCGCUUCCCGCGUAUGCAGAAGAAGACGGCGACGAGCUUCGCGUGCUUGCUGGUGGCCCUGGCCGCGGCGGAGCACGUCGCCAAGGAAUUCGCGCACUGGGGCGAGGGCGGAUCCCCGCGCAUUUGCAAGGCCGACCACAAGCAAGCGUGCAGGCAGUGUGCGGUCAGGCCCGACCAGCAGCAAGUCGUCGUCUGCCUGAUCUGGUGCGAAGACGUCGGGUUUCACGGAGGGUAUCUCGCGUUCGCGCACCGAGCGCUCUGCUUCGGCGCCACGGGGGCCGUGUGCGGCUACGGCAGGGUCGCCAGCGGCAUAGUGCACAUCCUGCGGUGCAUUUUUAGCUUAGGCCAGUUGGCCUUCGUAGAUGAUUUAAGUAGAAUGGAUCCACAGCGACAUGCGGCACUGCUCAAGUGGGUUUUCGAGCAAGUGCACGGUCUCCUCGGUGUUCCUCUCAAGCACGAGAAGGGCGAAGGCCCGGCAAGCAAAUUGCCUAUGCUUGGCAUGCGCGUAGCCGUCGCCAGCCAGUGGCGCGGCUUGCAGCUAGCGACCUCCCGGAGGAAAGACCUCCAGAGCGCUGUGGAGCAGGCGCUGAGGACGCGAGCGCUCGCAGCCAAAGAAGCGGUCCGCCUCGGGGGCCAACUGAGCUGCGCGCGCGCAGACUUAUUCGGCAGAGUCGGGCGCGCCUACGGCCCCGCCAUCUCCAGCCACUCGGGAGGGUGGAGCCAGGAGCAAGGAACCGCGCUGCGCUGGUGGGAUGCCCAUGUAACCAUCCCCCUGCACCAUUAUGUACAUGCCGGCCGGACCCGGCCGACUGCCGUGGCCUGGGUCGACGGCUCCCGGGACAUGGCAACCAAGACCGGCGCGCUUCGAACCUUGCUGCUCACGCGAGAAUCUGGCAGGUGGAGCCUGUCGGCCGCGAUCCCUCGCCAGAUCUGCGCCGAGCUCACGCAGUGCCCCAAAACGCAGCGCAACGCGCAAUCAGAGCUGCUGGCCAUUUCAAUGCUACUGCUCUCGCUGCCCCAAGCUCUGCGCGGAGCGCACCUCGUCAUUUUCGAGGACAACGCUGCGGCCCUAGCGAACGUCCGCGCUGGGGCCGCGGCCGACGAACACAGCCGAGCACUCGUAGGUGCCGUCUGGCUGGUCGCGGCGGCCCUGAACAUAACGCUGUGGCUUGAAUAUGUCCCUUCGGAAUCCAACCGAGCGGAUUGCUUCUCAAGGUCGGAUGAGGCCGAGAAGCAUCGCGAAGCCGCCAGCCUCACCGCGCAAUUCGACCUCACGCUCGCGCAGCCUAGGCUACCCGCAUCCGUGAGCAUGGGCCCUUCGCAGUGGGCGCGAGCGCUACAGGCGGCCGUUCACGCGCCGCCAGCGAGCCGGGCUGACCAGGCCAGGCUCGCGGCAGAGCUAGGGUCAGGCGCCACGGACGCGAGCACCCUCUGGGCAAUGCUCAAGCGGGUCCAAUUCACUGCCGCGUCAGGCGAGAUCACGCUAGGCUGGCUGCAAUUGCGCCGUAAAAGCAUCAUCGGCGCGGCCACCGGCGCCCAUGGCGACCUCACGAGGGUCAUGUGCGCUGCCUUUAAGCAACAGUCGCCGCACAGCCGUUGCACGACCAUCGUGAUUGCGCCCGGCAGGCCGCCGAAAUGGCCACCGGGGGCCGCGAUCAUGCCAGCUCUGUUGCGCGUCACGGCGGCGCCCCUCGCGUGGGGCAAGGGCGAAGCGCCCCCCGCGCCCACAGAUGCCGAAAGCAUCUGGCUCGGGUCUUACCAUUUCGACAUCGCGGGAAUUCGUGGCAAUCGAGCAGCCGCGCCAUUGCUGGGAUACGGCUUUCCCUUGUAG